AUGGUGGGCUUCGUGAUGCGCGAGUCGCAGGCUGUUGCCUUUCGCGCGUCAUUAACGCUGGAGGCCUCUUACAAAUCAUAUUUCGAAGAAGAUGGCAAUGAAGCCUGGGCGGCAGCUCCCAGGAACCCCUUAGAAGUGCUUAGCUACGAAGAAGUGUAUGUACAGCGCAAACUGCAACCACCAACAGACCCUGAAUCCGUCAUCAUCGACAGGCCCCAUUCCUUUUCUGCAGAAACCCCACCGCAGCUGCUGCCACCGCAUCCUUUGCAUGCGCCUCCUCCUUUGGACUCCGAUAAGACCCAAAAUGCUCAGAAGACGAACACCAUCGGCCUACAUAUAUACACCCCAGUUACUUGUUCCACAGCGCCUGACUUGCCUUCUUCUUCCUCUGAGGCAUCUGCUUCUUGCAAGGAGUUUCAUCAGCAGCUCUAUUACUCAACUCGGAAAGCAGAGAAGAUAAAAGGCAUUCUUUCUUUCGAAAUGCAGGCAGAAGCCAUGAACGUAGAAGGGCUGCAGGAAGCAGCUCCUCAAGCGGAAUAUCCGAAGCAACGAUCUCCUGUUCUCUUCUUCUUGCAUGGAGGAGGGUUGGUGGGCCUGUCUACUGCUGCCUACGAUAAACUCAUCCGCCGUAUGACAAAUCUUUUUGGGGCGAUUGAUGGUGUUGUUAUAUCCAUCGACUACAGGCAAGAAACCCUUCACUAA